AUGCCACUUUAUGCAAAGUUUCUCAAAGAACUCAUCACCAAAAAGAGGAGCUGGAAGGAGAAGGAAACUGUGAUCCUCACCCAGGAAUGCAGUGCUAUAAUCCAAAAAGGGUUGCCACCUAAACUCAAGGAUCCAGGAAGCUUUUUCAUACCAAGCACCAUUGGGAACAUACCAAUUGACAAAGCAUUAUGUGACCUGAGAUCAAGUAUCAAUUUAAUGGCACUCUCUAUGAUGAAGAAGCUGUCAAUAGAAGAGGUUAAACCCACCAGAAUGUCACUACAACUUGCCGACAGAUCCCUUAUAAUACCCAAUAGAGUGGUGGAUAACCUUCUAGUUAAGGUUGGCAAAUUUAUUUUCCCUGUGGACUUUGUAAUUCUGGACAUAGAUGAGGAAGGAAGCGACUCAAUUAUUCUUGGAAGACCUUUUCUGGCCACAGCAAGGGCAAUUAUUGAUGUGGAAAAAGGUGAAAUGAUUCUAAGGGUACAUGAUGAACAGAUAAUCCUCAAUAUUUUCAAAGCAAUACAGCACCCUACUGAAAAAGAAAAUUACAUGAGAAUUGAGGAUGAAGAGCCAAGCUUGAAGGAGAAGCCCAAUAAGUCACCUCCAAAACUCAUAAGCUCAUCCUUGGAGGAGAAGAAAGUAAAUGAAGAGAGAAAAGGGGUUCAAGAAGUCAGAAAAGCUAAAGAAAAACUACAAGCAAAGACCCCAGUGGUGACAACUAAUAAGAAAGCUCCUGACAUUGAGCCUGCCAAGAAGGAAGAAUCAUAA